UCCAUUGUCAUCUCUCUCAUCUCAUAACAUUGUUCACACGCUCAUCGGCUUGACCUUAUAACCACCCCAAGGUCAACCCUUCGUCUACCCACCUCCCCUACAUCCAUCCGCCCACUCAUCAUGGCCCCUCGCCGCCGCAAGCCCGUCGCUCCCAAGACCGCCAAGACCUCCAAGACAGCAGCAGCAAGUUCUGCCGCAACUGCCGCUCCAGCGGCAAGUACUAGCGCACCGACAGCACCGGCUCCAAGUCCUAGCCGGCCCAGGUUUCGCAAACCUUCCCAUGCACCUUGGUCGCUCUCGCCAUCGCCAGAGCCACAGGGGGGACAGAGGGACGACGACGUAGACGAGCUUGAUUCUGACAAGCCCGGCUCUUCGCCUCCUGGCCAGCCCGCCGCCCCCACUUCUCCUGCCACCGGCAAAUCGGGCACGGCAGGUGGUACGAUUACCAAGGCCCCCAAGACCCCUAAGACCCCCAAGACCCCCAAGACGCCCAAGACGCCCAAGACUGCGGCGACGGGGGCCAACCCGAUCCAGCCCGCAUCCCCAGCUGCAUCUCAACUUGCAUCUCAGUCCGGCACCAAUAUUCCUGCCAAACCCCUCGACCCUGUCCUUCCUGUUUCUGUGGGUCAGCUACCUCCCUCCCAGAAGGGCUACUAUGACUCCCUUUUCAAGUGCGGUCAAGAGUUCUUCGACAGCCACUGGGCGACUGACGAUGUAUGGCGAUCCGAAGGUGCUCUGCGUGACUACCUGACGCGCUUGGGUCAUGGCAACGAUCCCCUCACCACCGUCCAGCCAUGGUAUCAUAGCCAUGACUGGCUUUAUCCACAGGAAGCGCGGCAAUACGGGCUUGAGCGCUACAUCCCAUCCAAGCCCAUUGAGCUGCCGCUCCUGUCCGGCACUCGUAUGAUUCGCUGUCGCCCGAACAAGGUCGAGCACAGCCAGAUGGCCGACAUGACGGGAGAACCAGACCCCUCUCCACGUGCAACAUGCCACUCUGGGUGCAUUCCCGCAUUCAUUUACACGUAGGUUACUUCGAAGUUUUAAACGCUGAAGCAUAGGUCUCCUAGCCUUGUUUGCCCCUUGGCGACAAAAUUUAAGCAACCCACCAUCGUUUACGCGUGGAAACCCAUGGUGGCAGGCAUUUUGCUCCAAGCUUGCUGGAGCUGCUACACCCGAGGUUCAACAGGGUGCGGCGUGACCAAGGUGAAAGUCGAUAAGGUGGCCUCUCCCUC